CCCGCCGCCGCUCCGUGCGCCCCGUCGCCUUUCAUGAGAGUCCGCCAGCGCCUCCUCCUCCAUGGCUGAGUCUGGGGCCAGGAAGAAGAGCGACGCGGGCCCACCGGUUGCUGGCUGGAAGGCUGCGUGCGGGGGAGCGAGCAGCGCGGAGGCGCACCGGGGAGGAGAGCCCGUGUCCAACGGGAACUGCAGCGCGCCGGACGUCAGGAGGCUCCAGAUCCAGAACGAGUCCGGCUGCGAGUCCCAGACGUGGGAGAACUCUGAUUCAGCACGCAAAGCCACCAUCCCUCGACGCAGCAGUCUGAUCAAGGAUGGCUCACGGGCCAGUCGGGAAAAAAAGAAGACCGUGUCCUUCAGCAGCAGUCUGUCUGAGAAGAAGAUCAGCAGUGUUGCCGGAUGCAUCCACUCCAUGGUUGAGGGGAGCGAACUGAAGAAAAUCCGACCCAGUACCCGUGUUUACCAGCGAUACUACCUUCUGGAUGCGGGCCUCCAGGCUCUGUACUGGGAGCCGUCUAAAAAAGAGUCAGACAAAGCUCGCAUCUUUCUCGACUCCAUACGAGAGGUACGGACAGGUCGUAACACAGAAACUUUCCGCACCAGUGGAGUUUAUGAGCAAAUAUCAGAGGACUGUGCAUUCUCCAUCAUAUACGGAGACAUUUAUGAAAGCUUGGACCUGGUGGCCAACUCUGCUGAAGUGGCUAACAUUUGGGUGACUGGGCUGAGGUAUCUUAUGCAGUAUGGAAAACAUGCUCUCGACUUGCUCGCCAACAGUCAGGACAGUCUUCGCCUUCGCUGGCUGGAACAGCUGUUCUCCUCUGCUGCUGAGUCGGACAGCCCAGAAGACGUCGAAGAAGGGAUUCCCUUGCUGUCCGCGGUUAAGCUGGUUCAAACUGUGAAUCUUGGGGUGAGCGCCGGCAAGGUGGAGCACAGAUUUAAAGAGCUCCAGAGAGUCAGGGAGAAGAUGUGUGAGCUCACAGUGGAAAAUGGUUCGGGAUUUAAAGACCACAGCCCAAACAAAAAGCGAGCAGCAAGAGACAAGCGAGUCACCAAGAAGGAGUUCAUGGAGGUCUUCCAUGACUUUUGCACCCGCCCUGAGAUCUACUUUCUGUUGGUGCAGUUCUCUAGCAACAAAGAGUACCUGGAUGCCAAAGACCUGAUGAGGUUCAUUGAGGCUGAGCAGGGCGUUGCUCAAGUGAGUGAAGAAACAAGCCUGAAGGUCAUUCAGUCCCACGAGCCAUCUGAGGAGGGACGACAGCUGGGACACCUGUCUUUGGAUGGCUUCACCAGUUACCUCACGUCAGCAGAGUGUCACCUGUUUGAUCGAGAGCAUGAUAACGUCUGCCAAGACAUGUCCCAGCCUUUGUCUCACUACUACAUCAACUCCUCCCACAACACCUACCUCAUCGAGGACCAGUUUCGAGGCCCCUCAGAUGUUUCUGGCUACAUUCGUGCUCUUAAGAUGGGUUGCAGAUGUGUGGAGUUGGACAUCUGGGAUGGCGCUGAUGAGGAACCAAUAGUGUGCACUGGGCAUUCCAUUUCUCCACCACUGGCCUUGCGUUUCGUUUUAGAAGCGAUUGGAAAGUUUGCAUUUGUGGCGUCAGAGUAUCCAUUAAUUCUGUGUAUUGAAAACCACUGCACACUGCAACAGCAGAAGGUUUUGUUGCAACAGCUCACAAGGAUAUUGGGGGAGUGGCUGUACACAGGUCUACCAGAUGAAGGGGCCACUUACCUACGAUCACCACAUGACCUGAGGCAUCAAAUACUGAUAAAGGGUAAAAAACUUGGGCCAGAUUCUGAUGGGGAGGCUGGGGAGGUGAGUGAAGAAGAUGAAGGAGCUGAAAUGUGUCAGAAGGUGAAAGCAGCGACCAAUGGGAGUGGAGCAUCUAGUGGAAUUGAGAAGGACGUUGUGCAAAAAAGUGUCUGUGUCACGACUCAUUUUCCUCCCAAACGCGUCCAGCUGUUGAGGGAACUCUCUGAUUUGAUAACUUUUUGCCAUUCCGUUAAUUUUAUAGACUUUAAAACAUCAUCUAAAUCCCAGAAACCUUGGGAAAUGUGUUCCUUUCACGAAUCUUUGGCUGUGCGUCUUGCAAGCGAAAGCCCUGGUGACUUCGUCAACCACAACAAGCAUUUCCUGUCACGAGUUUACCCCAACCCUAUGCGCAUUGACUCAAGCAAUAUGAACCCCCAGGACUUGUGGAAGUGCGGAUGCCAGAUUGUGUCAAUGAAUUUUCAAACUGCAGGACUAAUGAUGGACCUGAACACAGCCUGGUUCCGGCAGAAUGGGAACUGUGGAUAUGUUCUGCGUCCGGCCAUCAUGCGGCAGGAGGUGUCUUAUUUCAGUGCCGACACCAAAGACACAGUACCCGGCGUGUCUCCACAGCUGCUCCACGUGAAGGUAAUUAGUGGCCAAAAUCUACCCAAACCCAAAGGCUCUGGGGCCAAAGGGGACGUGGUGGACCCUUAUGUGUAUGUGGAGAUCCAUGGCAUCCCAGCUGACUGCGCAGAGCACCGCACCAGAACUGUGACCCAUAAUGGAGACAACCCCAUCUUUGAUGAGAGCUUUGAGUUCCAGAUCAACUUGCCUGAGCUAGCAAUGGUUCGUUUUGUCGUGCUGGAUGAUGACUUCAUUGGGGAUGAAUUCAUAGGUCAGUAUACUAUACCACUGGAGUGCCUCCAACCUGGCUACCGGCAUGUACCCCUCCAGUGCCUCACAGGGGAGGACCUUCCACAUGCUAAGCUGUUCGUCCACGUGGCCCUCACAAAUCGGAGAGGAGGCGGGAAGCCUCACAAGAGAGGUCUCUCAGUACGAAAGGCUCGGAGGGGGAGGGAGUACACAGCUCUGAGAGACCUGGGGGUUCGGUCUGUCGAUGAGGUUUUCAAGAUGGCCGCUCCAUUUUUGAGAGAAGCCACUGAUUUGAGAGGUAACAUGCAGAACUCGGUAGCAGUGUUCAGGGAGCUGUGUGGGGUGUCAGCUGUGGCCAACCUCAUGCAGUGUGUGCUGGCUCUGAGCUCCAGUGUGUCGGGCCCAGAAGGGACGCCUUUACUGCUCUUUGACCUAAGGGACAACUACCCCGCUCUAGAGCCCCAGGGACCCUUACCAGAUGUCCUUCGCCGAGUUGUCUCCACUUAUGAAAUGAUGGUCAGUGCAAGCAGAGCUGUGGUGGAGCUCUCCGACGGAAUCUAUGACAAGAUCCUGCAUAUUCAGACACUGGCUAUGGAGUUUCAUGAAAAUCUGCAGUGUCUGUCGAUAAAAGACGGGCUGAAAGGCUCCAAGGUCAGUCGAGCACUGGAGAGCUUCAGCUGGAACAUCACCAUCCUGAAGGGCCAGGCUGACCUGCUGAAACACGCCAAGGCUGAAGUGAAGGAGAACAUGAAGCAGGUGCACGACGCCGCCCUGACAGGAAACCUCACCAAGGAGGGGGCGGGGUUGAGGAGAGCUCGCUCCCAAACGGGACGAGGUCAGGAUGAGACCGCAAGUGCUUAGAGGCCCCCGUCAUAGCCAUAAAACAAAGUAACGCCGUCACAUCGGCUGAUAAAACCCAUCAUACACCACUGAUUUGUUCUCACACCUUAACGCCACGGGGGCGGGGCAUAACGGUAACCA